AGAUUUAACCACUUCAUUGCCUAUUGACUCAUCAACGAUAACUCGCUCGAUCGAUCAUAUUCCGAAUACUAAAAUCAGAAAAGACUCUGUCGAGCGCAAUCAACAAAUAUAAUUCAACUUUCAUCAAGAUGUCAGACAUUGGUUUCGCUUCCCAGGAGGAUAUGAAGAAGGCCAGGUUACCUUUAGGGUAUCGGGACGGUUGCGCCAAUUACUUGAUCACUCUUAAUAAAUGCAGACAUAAGGAAUACUUUAUGCCAUGGAAAUGUGGCGAUGAAAGGCACGCCUACGAGCAUUGUCAAUAUAAAGACUACGUGCAAAGAAUGAAGAAAAUGCAAGAGCAGAUACAGGCAGCAAAGAAUGAAGCUGCUUAGACACGAUUGGCUACCGGCCAAGCGAAGUGAGAGGGGGUCGGUGGGCGAUAUUACCCAUCGAUAGAAUGGGAUUGUAUAGCUUGAGGCAUCCCCCCGAUCCUGCAGGUUUAUCAACAUAUGAGGUUAGCUCUACAUCGAAAACUUGCAUAUCCAGCCUAUCCUUGUAUAUGUAAACCAGGAUCCAAAGGUUCGAAAACCCAUCGCAGGGCUCAUAACUCAGAUGCUUAAGUUAUGGGACCAGUCAGGCCGGUUCGCCACAUCAUAUUUUGCUCUCAGCUUAAUAAGACUUGAAUGAUGCUGCCUUGUACC